AUGCAAGGAAAAGUAAGGAAUGGAGGAGAAAACCCAGCCCUGAAUGCAACUCUGAUCAUGGAAAAAUGUACCACUGCAGAUAAAAAGCUAAAGGAGAAGAAUAAGAAAUGGGUUCUCAAUCAUAAAGAUGUCACAAUAGGAGAAUUAAUGGGCAAGGAAAAUUUCAAUGACGUAUUUAAGGGCACAUUAAAGGAUAAAACUGCUGUUGCUGUUAAAACAUGUAAAGAUGAUCCUUCUCAGGAACUGAAAUUAAAAUUUUUACAAGAAGCCAAAAUCCUCCAGCAAUAUAAUCAUCCCAAUAUUGUCAAACUUAUAGGAGUUUGCACACAAAUACAGCCUAUCUACAUCAUUAAGGAACUGGUUCCAGGAGGCGAUUUCCUCUCCUUUCUGAGAAAGAAGGAUGAAUUAAAACAGUUAGUGAAAUUUUCAUUAGACGCUGCUUCUGGAUGGCGAAUCUCGAGUAAAAAUUGUAUACACAGGGACCUUGCUGCAAGAAACUGCCGAGGUGAAAAUAAUGUUCUGAAAAUCAGUGACUUUGGAAUGUCUCGUCAAGAGGAUGGUGGUGUGUAUUCAUCUUCUGACUUAAAGCAGAUUCCCAUUAAAUGGACAGCACCAGAAGCUCUUAAUUAUGGGAGAUAUCGUUCUGACAGUGACGCAUGGAGCUUUGGCAUCCUCCUCUGGGAGACCUUCAGCUUAGGGGUCUGUCCAUACCCUGGAAUGACAAAUCAGCAAGCACAAGAACAAGUGGAAAGAAGAUACUGGAUGUCAGUCUCUCAGCAGUGUCCAGAGUGUAUUGAUAAAAUACUGCUGAAGUCUUGGGGUUACAAACUUGAAAACAGCCCCAAGUUCAGUGAACUUCAGAAAGAACUGCCAUCAAGAAGAAAGUCACAUAGUGAUGAAACAGUGCCAAACUCAGCCUUCAGGACUCUAUCUUCCAGCAGAGUAAUAUUUUCUUCUCAUUAACAAUGAGUUUAUACCACAUUACCUGGAACAUUCUUCUAAGGUUAUUUUUUAUUAACUAUUUUUUUAAAAAUAUGUGCCACUUUAACCAUUGUAAAUAAAAAAGCACAGGCUCUAAAUGCAAGAGAUCACACAGAUCUAUCUUUUUCACAUCUAGGGCUGUUGAUGUUUCUCAAAGAGUUUCUACUUCAUGCUCAGUUAAGAGUCAGCUGUCCGCCAUCCUAGAUACCUCUACUCUAUCGGUGCUAUAAACUGCAUUGGCAAUACCAUGUUUGCAGGACACAAUCCAGAAAAGGCAGCCUUCCACUCUGCUAAGACAAGAUUACAUUUGUAAACAUCACUUUCUAUUGGGGAUUAUCUGGACAUCCAGGGAUUUUUUUUCUUUUUUCUGGCCAGAAAUAGGCCCUGCUGUAUUAGUAAGGUUGUCAUUUCCCUAUGUCCCACCAUGCUCUCCUCCUUUGUCAGGGCAUCAGAAAACUAUGCUGAAAUGCCCUCAAAGAGCACCUUCUCAGAGUUGAGGCAGCUGAUUUUAAAUGAUGUUAUUUUAUAGAGAGCUGUGACAGCAAGAAGCAAGUUUGAAAAGUAGGGUGGUCUGGAGAAAAGAGCAGCUAGACUGGUGAUCAAAGUAGAGAAGAGAGGCAAAUAUAAAAUCAGCCUUCUUAUCAGAGGUAUGCCUUUAUUAAAAACACAUACACACUUUCUAAUUUUAUGAUCAAAUUCACUAAAAAGGUCCUAAGAAAUGUUUCAAUAGUUCAUAUAUUCCUCAUAAAAGAGGCUUCUCGAUGGCAAGAAAAUUUCUUCAGAGAAAUUAUAAAAUACAGGCCCACGGACUUAGAUUAUUUUUGGUUCAGUGUCUUCACCUCAAAGCAGGCAUCCCAGAAUCUAGCUCCCUACCAGUGCCUGAGCGAUCAGAACUUUACGAUCCCAGCUCACACACACACCACUCCCACAAGAAAGGCAUAUAUGGAUGAAGUUGACAGUUAAAAAGUCAAACGAACAUUUAUGAAGAAGUUACAGGAGAAAGACAUAGGGACAGCCAUCCUAAUUCCACUUUACUCCUUCAUUUACCCUUAUUCUGUUACCUAGGAAUUCUUAUCACAGCCAACACAAUUCCUGAGAUGUUCCAUGUGGAUAAAAUGUAACACGGAGGUAAAACUGGGAUUCUGUUGAACUGAAUCUUAGCCUACCCAGGAGAGUCUCUCAGGAUAAAUGUGUAUGUAGGGGAUAGUGACACUCAGGGGUAAAUGUAGCAUGGGAGCCUUUUGUAAGUGCUCAUGCCUGUGUCCAAAUAAAAAAACAGCACAGCACCUUAGUGAAUAUUUGGUCUACCUCAAGUGGAAGCAAGAAAAGUCCUCCUGUUCUCUCCAACUGUUUGGUGCCUAUGAAUAUCAGUGCACAGAACUCACACCCAGUACUUAAAGAGUAUAAAGGAUGAUAAUGAAGAGAAAAAUAUUUUGUGUCUAUCAUUUCAAUCUCCUAACAAAACUUUCAUACACAUUUAAUGAUUACUACGUUCAGAACCAAAUGAAAGCAUUAAAAACCUGCCCUCAAAAAUUAUGUUGCAGCACACAAAGCAACUUCUUCUUAAACAGUAAGUAUACUACCAAAUGCUGUAAAUAAACUGAACCUUCUUUUGAGGGCAAAAAAGUCAAUGCUGUUUCUCAUCAGUCCCAAAGAGAUAUACUUAAUACUUCUGUACAAAGCUCUCCAUGUAAAGUUAACAAAGUAUCUGAAACACAGCAGGUAACAAAGAAAAAUACUUGGUUGUUUGAUUAGGAAAAAGAGAUGAAGUUACUGCCUUCAACAAGAUCACAAUCUAAGGAGACGGAUAUGUAACAUACUCAUAUAUGCAUAGGAAUCAGUGACUACUGGGACUCUGUAGGCAAGGUGAACUGCACACAUGUAAGCAAUGGGAAACUAAUGAGAAAGAAACUUAACUGAACACUCCCUACUCCAACACAUAUUACCAGUAUCUAGGACUACGCCUCCCAUGGCAACACAUUCCUAAAAUAAGCAAUCUUUGAGCACUUAGGAGGUCAGUUUCCAAAUAUGGACUCAAGAAAAAAGACUCAGAACAGGAAUUACAAAAUCAAUUGUUUACAGUACAUAACGGAAACAAAUGAAGUGAGUUGGGUAGGACUGACUGAGGUAAACUAUAAGAUCCACUCUCUAUAUAAGCGGGGCAGCACCUAGGCAGGUCUAGCUGAUUGUUGCCAUGCAAAAAUCAGGACACAACGUUGCCAGAUGUUCCAAUUCUUCAAGAGAAACUGAAAUUUGGAUUUUGUCAACUCUUCUGAUUUUUAAAGGCAACCAAUUAAAAAAAUGUUAAAUAUUGUGUGAGGCCAAGAAGGUAUAUCUAACAAGCCACAUUCUGCCCAAGGGCUGAGAAUAUGCAACCUUGGUUUUAAAGGAUAAAAGAGUUAAGUUACAUGUAUGAGACUGGAGGUGAGAGACAGACCUGCAAAAUAUAUUAGGCCUCACUGGAGUGGAGGAUUAGAAUAGGAAUGUAGUAUACUGCAAAUAUAUAUGGAUAGAAUAGAGCUAACUGCUAAUGCUCUUUGAAAUCAAGAAUGAAAAAUCAAAGUCCAAAAAGAUUGAACUUCUCAAAAGUGUGGGAGCACGUCUCAGUUUAGCACAGCAUCUGGUUCACCAAAGGACUUUCAAAAGUUAGCUGAGCUCAAUAUUCAUGAAUUGAGGACCACAUAUAUCAAACUAAAAUUGAGAAGCUAAGGGAUGGUUUUAAGAGGAAAAUUUUAAUAGGCAGGAAUUUUUAAAGAUUAAACUAAGGGAAAAGGUUAAAGGCAAAGCAGCUAGUAGAGUUCAAGAGGCUAUAUCAAGGAGAGACAAGAUGAAUUUGGACAAAGACUUGAACAAUAACAAGCAACAGAAGAUACAACAAGCAGAAAGGAUUUUGCAACUAAAAGUGAUGAUAUAGGAAAAGAAGACA